AUGGGUAACGAUCAUUAUGAUGCAGUCUAUAUUAAGGAUUAUAUUCAAACAGCAGGAUUUUGUCAAUCUAUUGCUUAUAGUUUACUUUAUGAGAAAGUUUUUGAUAUGAAAGAUGUCUCAGAAAUUGUUAAUACAAUGUUAAACAGCAACACUUUCAUUGCUAGCAACAGUAAUAAUAGUAAUAACUCAUUGAGGGAUGAUCAUACUCGUAGAAAAAAUUCAAAUAGAUAUUAUAAAUCUAGCAAAAAUAAAGAUGUGAUGAUUGAAAGCGAAUAUAAACACAUGUUGGAGACUAAAAUUACUCCUUUUGCAUUCAGAGUUGCAAAAUCUUUAGAUCCUAAUAUUUAUAGAAAUAUUGAGUAUGAUACAUGGAUUGAAAUGAGAAAAGAAAUGCGUUUGGGUUCUUGGUAUUACGGUGAUGGAAAUUUGAUUAGAGGAACUAGAUGCCUUCUAAAAUCAUGUGAGGGUACAUUGCAAUGUUAUAUCCAAGAUUUAGAGAAGCACAAUGAUCAAUGUGUUGUUUAUAUAACAAGUUUAGCUGAGAGAAGAGUUGUUAAAUACACAGAUUUAAAUCCUGAACCGGAUGCAAAACCAUGGCCGUUACCAUAUCGUUUUACAACUCGUUCAAACACGCCAACGUCUUUAACUAACGAAGUUAUUCCAUCAAAUGAUUUAAAUAAUUACAGCACUAAUAUCAUGAAAGAUAAAAAGGAGAUUAUAAAAGGGCAAAUAGCUAAAGGAAACAAAAGUAAUAAGAAGAAUCAAGGUAAAAUUGGUAAUAGAAAUGUUCCUGCUUUAACUCUUCCAAUUAAAACUGAUUUAAAUGAUAAUAACAUUAAAAAUUUUGAAGGAUCUCCAUUGCACAUGCAAACUCCUGAACAAUCUUUCAACGAAUCUACAAUUCUCGAAUCCCAAUCGUCAACUUCAUAUCAACCUCAAACAUUUCAGCAAAAUCAACCUUCAUGGAUUGAUCAAAUUUCCGAUCAUCAACAACUCUGCUCGGAAUCAACUCUUUACAAUAUUUCCCAAGAUUCUUUAUUUCCCUCACCACCAGAAAUGCCGCAAUGGUCCAUCAUUACCGAGAAUACACCUCAAGAAACUAUCCCACAACCGUCUCCGGUUGUUUUAUUACCCCAUACGGCAUACUCAAAUUAUUUCGAUCAGCAAAUUCAUCAUUCCCCAUUAAUCCCAGUAACUCCAUUACCAUCUAUGCCGAUGUAUCAACCGGUUUAUCAGAACACCCCGGUUACUCCCUUAAUUUAUACAACUUCUCAAGAUGGUGCUGCUGGCGGCCAAGAAGUUUUAGUAAUGAGCCCACAAACAGCCGAUUCGUAUUCGAGAAUGUUUCCAUCCGGUUACAAUCCGCCGAUUGAUAUGUCAUUUUUAUCACCUCCAUAUGUAUUUCCGCCGGCAGGAACACCAACUGGAUAUUAUGGUGCUCCAAUUGACGCUCAAGGGUUUGUUUUUCCCACACCGAUUACUCCCCAAAAAUAAACAAGAGUUAUUUUUAUUUCUUUAUUAAUUUAAUCAUUGUUGUUAGGAAAAGU